UUAUUAUUUGAAAUAAUAGAACAAUUAGAAAAUAAAUCGUGACUUUGGUUAUACGUAUGUGCCUACAUAGCUCGAAACGUAAAAAUGGCAGAGUAGUCGAGAAUUCGAAAUUGUCUGCCGCGAAGACGGACUUCAGCCGUUCAAGAGCAAGAAGGAAAGGAAAGGAAAGGCCGUUCACGUUCUUCAUCGAUUGCCCGAAGUUGGAUGAAGUGCUGACCUGGUGUAACAUGUGGCUCGUGAGGUAGGAUAUGUCGGUUUUCCCCACCAUUCCGUUAAAAGCUAAGGAAGUUCGUCGUCACUAUUGUCGAUUUCGAUGCAUUCGAUUAUGCCCGAUCUGGCCACGGUGGGUUACAUGUAUUUAUUGUAUUUAUGAACGAAUGGACACAACUUUAUGGUUGAAUUUAAAUAACAAAAAGCUCAAGUACCAUCGGAUGAGAGUAUCAUCAGUGAGAGAAUCAAGGCCGCAAGCUCGCCCGAUCUGGCUGCAUUUUAUAACGAUCUUUUUCACGAAAAAAAUGUUCUAUUCUGCUCUUAAAUACGGUAUAGCAGGAAGCAUAAUGUUUCAAUACACAAGAUUGGGAUUCUGUUUAUUGAUAUUAUCUGCCUUCGUUGAUCAUCCUUGAGCAAAUUAAAAGUUGUAAUUGAAAAUGUUACGCUUUAAACUUUAGCAUUUUAUCGUAAAGUAUAAGACCAGUUUGUUAUUACGGAAAAAAUGAAACAUACGAGUGUUCUUUAUUCCCAUGUUUUUCGUCGAGUACGUAGUAUCAAAAUUCUGUAUUCGAUUUAAUGGACAAAAUGCAUUCUUUUCAACAAUUAUGCUCCCUUUAAAAAUAGUUUCGCUGCAAAUAGUUACCAAUCUGAUGUAAAAAUAAUUAUAUAAAAGAGAAAAAUAUAAAUAUGUUGAUCAGUAUAUGGAUGAUGCAUUUUAAAGGCCUGUAGUACACCUACAGCAGAACUCUAAUGUAUGCUGCACAAAGUUUUUCGUUUAUUAUCUCUCCUGGUGGAUCUUCUCUGCAACAAAGAAAAUUUUAUAGAGGAUGGCAAUGAUCGAAACAUUAUAUGCCAAAUUUUCGCACCACGCGUAGACUGCAGACGCCAACUUUUGAUACAGUAUUAGUAACAUUUAUUUUAGCACACAAAAUAUCACAUAUUGUGCUUCUACGCUUGAUAGGAGGAUUUUCUUAUUAUAUACAGUAUUCCAAUGUUCUCCAUUUGUAUGUCUUACGCGCUAUGGAAAGCUAUUAUCGAUUUGCAUCUAGGUGAGUUGUAUAGAUUUAUGGGAAGUACUAGUUCUCUGGGAGAUUAUGGAAAUGUUUUUAAUAACGCAUCCUACUCGCAAAAGUAGAGAAAGGAGACUUGCUCUUCAGAUGCCAAAAGCCUUGGUAUUAUGAAAAGAAGGGUGUCCUGAUUUGCCAAUAAUGGAUGACGGAUUUCGAGGAUCGCUUCAACGAGAAAAAAAGUACUUUGAACAUACCAACGUAAUGGACGUUAAGGCAAUAUUCCUGCUGUUUAUAGCCGUAGCAUAUGGAUAUAACGUAGACAAACUCUUUCAAAUUGCUUUCUCCAGCAAUAAAAACGAUAGUUACUUCGGUUAUACCGUGAAUUUGUACCACGAGCCAGUUAACAAUACAUCUUGGUUGAUAGCUGGAGCACCGAGGGCCAACUAUACCGAAAAGAGAUUAGAGCAUAUAAUCGAACCCGGUGUUGUAUUUCGCUGUAACGUAGAGGACUACGAGUGCACGGAAAUACAAUUAAAGGUAAAAGAGAACGAAUUGCCAUAUUCCUUGAGGCAACGGAAGGCAAUUGUAAUGAAGAACCACGGUUGGUUCGGGGCUGCUCUGUCCAUAGAGAGGUCCAAUGGUGUAUUAACGGUGUGUGCUCCUCGAACAAGUGUAAGGAUUCUGAAUACAGGAAGCAACCCUUUCAUCAAUAUGCGUGGAGUGUGUUACAAUGGGAAGAUUUCUUCGCCCCUGUCGAUCGAGGACGAAAAUAUUGAUCUUACUUAUUUAGAAUCCUACGAAACGAAUGGUUUCUCGAUCAGUUAUGCGUCGAUGAGGCAGAACGAAGAUAAGGGGAAGAAAAAAAUUGGACGUAUUGUUGGGAAUCCCGCGUUCCAAUUAACUGGCAAGGUGAAUAUAAUUCAUUCGAACAAAUUAACGUCCCUCGUACUAUCAGGGGGCCAAGGGGUGAAAUACUUCGGUUAUAGCGUCGAAACCGGGUAUUUCUUCAGAAAGAAUCAAUUACUUUAUGUCGGUGGUGCUCCAAAUUGGAAACACGUGGGCCUGGUAGAGGUGAUCGGUGUAGAAAGAUAUUCGACGGAUGCCACGGAGCUACGUGGUACCGACACAGGCGAGUUCUUUGGGGGAAGCUUGGCCGUAGGUGAUUUAAACAACGACGGUCUGGACGAUCUUUUGGUUGGGGCCCCCAAUUGGGGACAAGAUAACGGCAAAGUGUACGUGUAUCUUGGUACAUCGAAGGUGAGAACACCAAACGAUACGAAAUGUUACAUUAUUAACGCUAACGUGUUUCACGUUUCUCGAAAGGGGCAAUUUGAAACUGUCGCGCCUUUGCAAGGAGCCGCCAACGGAGGCCAUUUUGGAUACGCAAUUGCUAGCGGUGAUUUGGAUGCUGAUGGAUUCGAUGAUAUAAUCGUGGGAGCACCCUGGGAAGAAUCUGGAGCGAUUUAUAUAUAUAACGGUGGUCCAGAUCUGAAACAUAACAAGUUACAAGUAUCAGAACGAAUCGAUGGGAUUAGUUUGUCUAAUUCAAUUUAUCCGGUGAAAAUACAGACCUUUGGAUUCUCGUUGUCCAAGCCCAUCGACAUUGACGGAAACGGAUAUCCAGAUAUCCCGGUAGGAGCGUAUAAAAGUGGGCAUGCUAUAGUGCUUCUCAGUAAACUGGUCGUGAAAACGGAACUUGUGAUUCGCGCUGUACCCGAUGCUUUGGACAGAAACGCGAAAAAAUUCGUGAUCGAGAUAUGCCCGCGAUACUAUGGGCAUAACAUAAAAAAUGUGCAAGAUACAGAAUCUAAGAUUACGAUCACCGUGGACGAACAAUACAGGCGGACCAAGGAAACAUUUCUGGAGUUGAGAUCCCCUAAUUUAACACUAUUUAAAUGUUUACAAGCCACGGUCAAAAUUCUGAAGAAUAUACGGGACUUCAUCGAACCGAUCAGUAUUUUUGCUAAACACGAUUUUGUAUACAGCAAAGCGUCAUCUGGCAGGUUCUGUAAAUUCUGUCCUGUAGAACGAAAGGAUAACAAGUUAAACGUUGCUCAAAUCUUGCUUCCUUUCAAUAUCGGCUGUGGAACAGACAAAGUCUGCCACUCUAAUAUAUCUGUAUCUGCAAAAUUUCAUGGCACGCGGGGUGACAACACGUGGAUCAUCGGUUCAACUGGUAUAAGCUUAGAAGUUAAUUUAAAAAAUUAUGGGGAACCUGCAUAUCUCACCACACUGGAGUUCACACUUCCCAAAGGAGUACUGUUGGAUAGCAUUUUACCCUCUUGUCAGGAAGAUACGUCUAAAGAGAACCUAAUUAUAGUGUGCGAAGCGGGAAACCCCCUCUGGAAAGAAGAGAAAACCAUUACACUUGACUUGGACAUGAAACACUUAAUUCGUGGCUCUUUGCACGAGCAUAAAUUAAAUUUCGACAUAGUAAUAAAAACUCGUAGCAUGAAUCAAGGAACACUAAAUAUAACUAAAACACUCGAUCUGGCAAAUGAAGUAUCGUUAUCCCUAAACGGGAAAGCGAACGAUGAAAUGUACUAUGUGUCUGCUAUGAACAAUAACGCUUCGAACGUCAGCUUCCAACAUACUUAUCAGGUGUACAAACUUGGUGUUACACCUAUAGAAGACGCACGACUUGUUGUUAAAGUACCAACAGUUAUUGAGCAUUCGAAACCUUUGGUGCACGUAUAUAAACCUCAGUUAUAUGUAUCGGGAGAGGGUUUCGAGUGUUUCUCAGAAGAUGCUUUGUUGGAUAGUCAACUGGUCGAAAUUAAAGAAAAACCAUCGUUAGAUGAUGACACUGAUGGAGAUCGUAUGAUACAAAAGAGAGAUAUAAACGAAAAAAACAUUGAAUUCUACAAUAUAGAGACUACUGAAAUUUUGCAGACUAAGAACGACAACUUGACGGCUGAUAUUCUAUAUAUGAAUUGUUCGAACACCGAUGAAAAUUGUACGAUCAUAGAAUGUAAUUUAAAUGCAUUGCAAACAUUCCAAGAUGUCGGGAAGUUGACGAUCAAGCUUCUCUUAAAUGUUGAAAGACUCAAAGAUAUCUCUGUGAACAAUAAAGUGGUUUUAUAUUUUGGUACCGAAGCUAGCGUGGAAAUAAUAAAACCAGCUGUUAGUCUACCGAUUAAUGGUACCCGAUCGACGAUGGAAAUUUUAACAAUAUUUUACAAUAAUUUUGAAACCGAGGAACUACAAUUGUGGAUCAUUUUAGUUUCCGUUUUCGUAGGGCUUCUACUGUUGAUCAUUUUCGUCGUGAUCUUAAGCAAAUUGGGUUUCUUUAAAAGGAAAAGAAAAGAAGACUAUUUACUAAACAGUGAGCAAAAAAUCAACGAAAAAAGAAAAGGAUCUACAGCUAAAAACGACGACGAAUAGUGUCUACAGAAAAAUUCAAAUAAAUAUCGUGAUAAAAUUAAACGGUCUUGUUUACCGUAUUUAAUAAAGUUUUAUUUUUUUUUUCUUACAUCUCGUUCAAUGAUCCCUACGAAAAUCUCAAACUUACGUAUACAAAUAUUUAUUCUCGUUAAUCACGUAUUGUGUAUUUACAUAUUUCUAUCGUAUUCAAAACGUUUCAACUGAAAAGAACGAACGCAUAAAUUGCAAAAAUACAUCUCAAAAAUCACGUACAUCGACAUGCCGCGCAUGAAAUUUUUUUGUCCGAACGAAUAUGAAAAUGUACAAAACGUUCACGAUCGGCCAUUUUACGGUGCAUCGGUGGAAUCGUCAACGACUGAGUAACGGAUAGCAAAAUGGCGGUAUUUUUUGUACGGUGUCAACAAAAAAAAAAAUCAACAAUACGAAAGAAAUUCGAUUCGACGAGCGGUCCCUAAAAAAAAAAAAAAAAAAAGAAAUUCGACGGAAAAAAUAUCUCUUUCGUCGGGGUCUUCCAUGAAAAUCUGUACAGAGUGU